GCCUCAAUAACACAUAAAAUGCUUGUAUGUAAGGUUUACACGAUCAGUAUUGCAAACUGGGGGACGACUGAAGAUAAUAAGAUGGCAGAAAGCAAACAUAUUUGCAUUGGCCAAACCUUUUGUGAUAGAAUCUGCUUCUGGGGAGAGACGGAACCUGACACGCCUGCUUUUAUUUUCCGGAGCAAAAAUGGCAGAUAUGUCUUGUCACGGGGAGAUGUCCUGGACCUAUCCAGUAGAUUUGCUUUCAGAUUGACUGAACUUGGUGUUCAACCUGGUGAUGUGGUGUGCAUUGCUCUUCCGAACUGCCCGGAGAGAAUCAUUGUAGACUUCGGUGUACAUUUAGCUGGAGCCGUGACUAUGAACGGCCAAAUUCUACGUUCGGAUGGACAAGAUAUUAUUGAAUCAAUGUGUAAAUCAAAAUGCAAAAUUCUUGUCGCUGAUCCAGAUCAAGAAAACGGUGCAUGGAGCAUAUGUAAGCAGAGGUUCCAGGUGGUAUCUGACAGCAAACACGCUUCUGUUAUCAAGAGCAAAGAUGUACCUAGUCUGGUGCAUUUGGCAAAUUGUAGAACCAGAAAACCAGAGUCAGAAUUCCUAACAUCUCUGCCAAGCAAUACAUACAUCAGCAGGAGUAGAAAAUCCUCAGAUAUCGCCUCUAUCUUUGCCACAUCAGGCAGCACCGGAUACAGUAAACUGGUUCAACAUACACAUAAGGCCCUUCUUCUCAUAGCUCACAGGUCAAGAGCGAUCACUGGAAUAAGUGGCAAAGAAGAUGUUUCUUUUACUACUGCUCCUCUGGGGUGGAUUGGCGGUUUUCCAGCAUAUUUCCUGUACUCUGGCUCUCCGACUGUCAUGAUUGAUGAUGCGGUUGGAGGAGAAGCUGACAUGCUCAGGUUUGUCUGGAACAUAAUAUGUGAUGAAAAUGUAUCCUUUGGAGGCUUCGCAUCAUUCCAGCUAAUAGGCAUUCUCAGACGAAGAGAUCUUUGGGAAUCUGCAGGAAAGAAACUAAAGAAGGUUUUGACUGGUGGGCAACCUUUGAAGAAAGACUGUCUUGAAGCAAUAGGCCAUCUUACAGAUUCCAUAUUGAAUUUCUAUGCCUCUACCGAAAUUGGCGCAAUGGGUGUUGUUUAUCUUAAUGAAAGUAGUAAACACGACUUCAAGGAAAAUAUGACAGGGUACCCCGUGCAGGGAGUGGAGAUUCGAGUAGUUGAUUCAGAGCUGAAUGAAGUGGAUGGCGAAACACGGGGGGAAAUCAUCGUACGUUCGGAGACUCUAACUAACGGUUACAUUGGAGACACAGGGAAUAUGGCCUCCUUUCUGACAGAUGGUUGGUUUCGUAUGGAUGAUGUUGGUUACGUUGACGCGAAAGGUCUUUUGAGUGUGGAGGGGAGAAGUUCAGAUGCUAUCAUGCACGGUGCCUACAUCCUCUACCCGACCUGGCUGGAAGAGAAACUGGACAAAUGCCCUGGAGUUGAACAGCUCUUCAUUGUUCCAGUGCCAGACAAAGUUCUUCACCAAGAAAUAUGUGCAUGCGUCAAGCGAAAUGACGGAUCUCAGUCAAGUGAAGAAGACAUUCUCAACUUUGCUAAAGCUGCAAUUAUGGUGAAUAUUCCUUCUACCAUGAACGUAGUUCCAAAAUAUGUUGUGUUCUUUGAAACAUUCCCUGUCACAAAAACUCUUAAACUGAACCGAAAGGAACUGGCAAAACUCGCCCGAGAGAGGCUUCAAUUAUAGUUGAAGCAGGCUUGAAAUGAUUUUGUCAUACAGUAAACUACGGUUAUAACGAACUCAAAGGGACUAUUAAUUUUAGUUCGUUAUAACCGUAAUUCGUUAUAAGCAUUUAUACAGUAUAGCUACAGCAAAUAGUCGGGACUGAAAAGUUAGUUCAUUAUAUCCGUUAGUUCGUUAUAACCGUAGUUCACUGUAUAUGAAUGAAUGUGUUUUAUUCACUUCUAAAUGUACUUGUACAGUAAAGUACGGUUAUAACGAACUCAAAGGGACUACUAAUUUUAGUUCGUUUUAACCGUAGUUCGUUAUAAGCAUAUAUACAGCAUAACUACAGCAAAUAGUCGGGACCAAAAAAGUAGUUCGCUUAUAUCCGUCAGUUUGUUAUAAGCGUGUUCGUUAUAACCGUAGUUCACUGUAUAUGAAUGAAUGUGUUUUAUUCACUUCUAAAUGUACUUGUACAGUAAAGUACGGUUAUAACGAACUCAAAGGGACUACUAAUUUUAGUUCGUUUUAACCGUAGUUCGUUAUAAGCAUAUAUACAGCAUAACUACAGCAAAUAGUCGGGACCAAAAAAGUAGUUCGUUAUAUCCGUCAGUUCGUUAUAAGCGUGUUCGUUAUAACCGUAGUUUACUGUACUACAUAUCUUUGUCGUUGAAUGCGAUGUCAGGACACACCUACGCCUUGAGGAACACAAGGAACAUCGGCUUUUGUGCCUCGAAUUAUCCUACACUAUGUGUAAUAGCAGUUAUUGAACAGCUUCACAUUCCAGUGAUUUACAGAACUUGUCAGCAAUUACAGCCAUAAGACCACCCGGGUGUGUCUCGCACGCAUGCCGUUGUUAAUGUUUUUAUUUGACUUCUUUACCCUAAAUUUAUUAAUUAUCCCAUUAACGUGCUAGUUGAACUAUAUUGCUGAUAUAUAGAACAAGAUUAUAUUACAGUUUGAGUAAUUGUAUUAAUUUCAUACUCAGAUUUCCAGAUUUUCUACGAAUACAGACCUCGCCUCAUGCACUGUGCACCAUAUUAUUCAAGUAGACUGUUGCUAAUACGUUGUUCUCAGUGCGACAGCAAGGUCGCCGACUGUCAAUGUAUGUUCAAUGUACUUAUGAUUAUACCAGACAAAUAUAAGAUUACAUUUGGCUCUAUUCAGUGCUUUAUCGCGUCAUAAAUAGUAAAUAAAUAGUAGCCCCGG